UAUAUAAGCCUUCACCUGUUUUAGAAAGGUUUUGUUCAAAGAGACCAUACCUCCAGCCAUGGAGAUGCGGUCAUUUCUACUCUGCUUAGCGGUAACAGUAACUGCAGUCAAAGGAUGCUCAACAGGGCGUGAAUUCAUCACUGCUUUUAUGACAAACUACCAGUAUGCCCAAAAAGGCAGUCCGACCCUCUCCAUUACAGCACAAAAUUCCCCCGCAACUGUAAAAGUGGAGGUGAAGGGUCUAGGUUAUAGUGAAACCGUGAAUAUAGCACGAGGAGACACCAAAUGGAUAACGCUUCCAGCAAACACUGAGCUUGAAGGUGAAGGAGUCUUCCGCAAAGCUGUUUCAAUCUCCUCUGAUGCCGAUAUCUCUGUGGUGUCCUCUCACAUAAAGGAAUACACCGGAGACAGCAGUGUGAUUUACCCCAUAAACCAACUUGGCAGAAGUUACAUCAUUUUCACUCCAAACACAGGUCCAUUAAAAAAGGAAGCUGCCAUCAUCAAUGGCAAGGAGAUGAACACAGUCACCAUCAUUUACAAUUCUCUGAGAAUUAGGCCAAAAACCAUAAAUUUGAAUGCCUAUGAGGUCUAUGAGUUUCAAAGUCAGGAAACUUUGUCUGGAACAAAAAUCACAUCCACACUUCCGGUGGCUGUCCUGGCCGGACACGAGUGUGCCAUGAUCGUGGGCACCUGCGAGCAUGUCUACGAGCAGCUGAUCCCGAUUGAGGCUCUCUCCAACACAUACCUGGUGCCUCCGAUGCAUUAUUUCCUCAGCAAGGACACCGCCCAUGUGGUUGCUCCAGAGGACAACACAGUUGUGUCCAUCUAUAAGGACAGACACCCCAAAAUAAUAACAAUGAAUUCUGGAGAUGUUUAUGAAGUUCAUAUGAAAAGAACGGGUACAAUCAUUCAAAGUAACAACAAAAUAAUGGUUAUUUAUUUUAGUAGCAAUUUUCCCUACGAUGAGUAUCUAACCAAUGUUAUUCCCACUUCUGAGAUGUCAACAUCAUGGACCAUUUAUCCCCAAAAUGGUUACGAUAGCAAUGCUGUAAUUGUUGCUGAAGCAGCAGCACAACGCACUUUAAGCAGGUCACUGAGAUGGAAAGAUUUCCCUGGGGACAACAAAUACAUAUGGAGUAUCAUGCCGAUCGGCUCACAGAAAGGUCCCAUAACCAUAUCUGGAAAUUCACUUAUGGCUGUAUAUGUUUAUGGUGGAAAAUUAAGGUGGGGAUAUGGUACAACAGGAGUGUGUAACACCGGUUCCACGUCAAUUCCAGUUCCUCCAACAGACCCCUGUGACACUGUUAAGUGCCGUGAACGGGAGGAGUGUAGAAAGGGUGUCUGUGUUCCCGUCUCCUCUGCCACAUGCCAUGCGGUUGGCGAUCCCCAUUUCAAAACUUUUGAUGGGAAGCUAUUUGACUUUCAGGGAACUUGUUCUUACGUAAUGGUGAACAAUACAAAACCUCAAAAAGGCCUCACACCCUUCGCUGUAUUAAUAAAAAACAACCACAGGGGAAACAAUAGGGUGGCGUAUGUGAGAGUGGUUUCUGUCCUUGUGUAUGGUCACACAGUGGUGGCAAGCAGCCAGAGAGGAGUAGUAGAGUUCAAUGGUGAAAAUACCUACUUGCCUUUGACUAUCGAGGGUGGAAAAAUCAAAGUUGAGCAAAGAGGCUGGGAUGUCCUUAUAUCAACAGAUUUUGGCUUACAAGUGAAAUAUGACUGGAAUAUGAUGCUGUAUAUCACAGUUCCCAGCAGCUAUUACCAGACUACAGGUGGACUUUGUGGGAAUUAUAACGGUGACCGCAGAGAUGAAUACAGUGAUCCCAAAGGCAUUGUGCUCUCCAGCGUCAUUGAGUUUGCCAAGAGCUGGAAAGUUCCAGAUAAAGAUCUGUUUUGCAAUGAUGACUGUAAUGGGCAGUGCCCAAGUUGCCCUUUAACCCUUCAAGAGCAGUACAAACAAGAGUCAAGCUGUGGUAUCAUGGCUAAAAAAGAUGGGCCAUUUGCUAGCUGUCACGCAACCGUAGAGCCCAACAUAUACAUGGAUAAUUGUGUGUACGAUGUGUGUAUUAACAACGGUGCAAGACUCUUCCUCUGUAAUGACAUUCAGAGCUAUGUUGGUGCUUGCAUGUCAGCUGGAAUCAAGAUCACUGGAAACUGGAGGACGCUCUCCAAUUGCCCAAUGAACUGUCCAGCCAACAGUCAUUAUGAGCCCUGUGGCACAGCCUGUGCUGCCUCUUGUGCAGAUCGUGGUGCCCCAGAAAAAUGCAUGUUGCCAUGUGUGGAGGGCUGCCAGUGCAACACAGGUUAUGUACGCAGUGGAGAUGAAUGCACUCCUAUAAAAAAGUGUGGCUGUACCUACAAAGACCGAUAUUAUCCAGCCGACCAAAUGUUUUGGGGGGACAAAAAAUGCACAGAAAAAUGUGUCUGCAAUACAGCAACUGGAAAAGUUGAAUGCAAAGUGACAAGCUGUAAGAAGUCAGAAAUGUGUGACACGAGAAAUGGAGUGAGAGAUUGUUAUCCAAUGUCAUACGGUACCUGCCAGGGUGCAGGUGAUCCACACUACCGCACAUUUGAUGGUAAACCCUUUGACUUUCAAGGUACAUGUACUUAUUAUUUCUCCAAGCUACUCAAUACAGCUGACCCCUCAUUGAUACCAUUUGAGGUGCUUGUCAAGAAUGAGAACAGAGGAAGUAACAAGGCAGUUUCAUUUACCAAGGCUGUAACAAUAAGUGUCUAUGGAUACGCGAUUGUCUUAAGUAAGGAAAGUCCUAGAAAAGUGAAGGUCAAUGAUCUAUAUGUGAAUUUGCCGUUUGAAAAAGAUGGUCAGAUCAACAUAUUCACCGCUGGGUAUUUUGGAGUGGUAACCACCGACUUUGGUCUGACAUUAAAAUUCAACUGGGAAAGCCAUGUAACACUCACUCUACCCAGCACUUAUUCCAAUGAAAUAGGAGGACUUUGUGGCAACUGGAAUGGAAACCUCAACGAUGAAUUCCGUACUACUGACAAUACCCUUGCAGCAAACCCAACACUCUUUGGAACCAGUUGGAAAGUCAAAGAUGACCCUGGAUGCUCGGAUGAAUGUAAGGAGAAAAUCUGUCCCAAAUGUGACAACAUUGAGAAAAACAAGGUGACUUUUACAAAGCCCUGUAGCAUCAUCACAGACAAAACAGGUCCAUUUAAAGGCUGCCAUGACAAAGUGAAUCCCAGUCAGUUUUAUGAGGAUUGUGUGUAUGAUAUGUGUAUGUAUGGUGGACAUCCAUCAGCACUCUGUAGUGUUCUCACUGCAUACACAGCUGCUUGUCAAAAUGCUCUUGGAAAAGUGGAAUCUUGGAGAACCAACACUUUGUGCCCUGCGUCCUGCAAGGCAAAUAGCCACUAUGAGGUGUGUGGAGUAGGAUGUCCCCAGACCUGCCUUGGUCUCACUGAACCUAAGGGCUGUAAGGGGUCCCCUUGUGCUGAAGGAUGUAUAUGUGACAAGGGCUUUGUUUUGAGUAAUGGUGAAUGUGUGUCCAUGGCACAGUGCGGCUGUACUCACAUGGGUCUGUACUAUCAGCUGGGCCAAGAGUUCUUUCCUGAAGGCAAAUGUAAUCAGAGGUGCGUUUGCAAAGAAAACGGAAAAGUUCAGUGUGAGGACGCGUUUACCUGCAGACCAGGUGAGAAAUGCCAGGUCCAGAAUGGAGUUCAAGGCUGUUUUCCUGAGAGCAAAGCUGUGUGCUCAGUGGCAGGCUUUGGAAUUUAUCAGUCAUUCGAUGGAAAAUCCUUUAGUGUUGAAGGUGACUGUGAGUACAGAUUGGUAGAGACGAUUCAGACAAAGGAUAAGAUAACCUCGUUCGGUGUGUUAGUGAAACAGCUGUCAUCUGAAGAGGCAGGCAUCACUCAAAGAGUCAAAAUACAAGUAGACCAAUACACAAUUACUUUGCUGCCCGGACAGGUCUGGGAUAUACAGGUGGAUAACACUAAAACAAAUCUCCCUGUAACUUUAAAUGAAGGACUGGUGCAAGUUUAUCAAAGCGGUCUUUUCAUUGUUGUGGAAACAAACUUUGGAUUGAAAGUUACAUAUGACACAGUCUCCAUGGCCACUGUUGAGAUCCCAUCCACUUUUAAAAGUGCAGUCACUGGUCUCUGCGGAAACUACAAUGGAAACAAAGCAGACGAUUUUCUCCUGCCUGAUGGUAUUCAGACAUCUUCUGUGGUAUACUUUGCUGAUAGCUGGGUUUCCCCGUCAGAUAGAAUAAUAUGCAAAACAGCUUGUGGAUCCAAAUGUGUAAAUCCUGACAAAGACGCACAAAUACAGGCAGAGAAUGCUUGCACUAUUCUAACAUCAGAGAAGGGUCCAUUUUCUAACUGUUACGACAAAGUUCCACCCCAGAUAUUCUUUGACGAAUGCGUCAAAGAUGUGGCAGCACAGCCAAAGGAUCAGAACGUUCUGUGUAGUCACAUACAACGAUAUGUGGCCAGCUGUCAGGAGACUGGAACAUCAAUUGACACCUGGAGGAAUAGCACCUUCUGUCCUUUUAAGUGUUUUGAGAACAGUCACUUUGAGAUGUGUGCUGACACCUGCUCCUCCACCUGUGCCAGCCUUACUGAAUCACAGAAAUGCCCGCCGUGUCAUGAAGGAUGUCAGUGUGAUGAUGGCUUGGUGUUUGACGGAGGUGAAUGUAAAGUAACUUCCACUCUUGCUGAUGCAGAGGCCCCGCUGUCCCUUCCCAUCACCCCAAGGCUUAUUAUGCUAGUGCGAGAACUGGAAAUGCUGAAGAUCGACAAAAAGGACAUGAAAAAUUCACGCCGCAAACUGGUAACUUAUUCAGGCCACAAGAUGUCACCCUUGGGACUGGGUUGUAUUCCUGGAGUCCACCACAUUCAGACAAAGCCUGAGGUCAUGCCGGUUGUUCAUUCUCCCAGAAAAAUUCCAGUAGCCCUGAAAGAAAACAUUGAAAGUGAACUGAAACGUAUGGAAGAGAUGGGUGUUAUAAAAAAACAGACAGAGCCCACCGAAUGGGUAAACAGCAUGGUGACCAUAGUAAAACCCAACAAAAUCAGGAUCUGCAUAGACCCUCUGGAUCUAAACAAAGCAAUACGAAGAGAGCACUACCCUCUUAAAACACUUGAGGAAGUAGUUGCAGAAAUGCCGAAAGCCAAGAUGUUCUCAGUGGUGGAUGCCAAUCAAGGAUUCUGGCAGAUCCGAUUGUAUGACGACAGCUCUAAACUUUGUACCUUUAACACUCCUUUAGGGAGGUACAGUUUUACAAGGCUUCCGUUUGGAAUAUCGUCGGCUCCCGAAGUGUUCCAAAGGUGUUUGUCUCAACAUCUGGAAGGAAUGGAAGGAGUUGUUAACGUGAUGGACGACAUUCUGGUGUGGGGUGAAGACAAAGACUCACAUGACCACAGAUUGAGAAAACUAUUAGAGAAAUUGAGAAGCAUAAACCUGAAACUGAACAAAGCGAAAUGCAAGAUCGGCCUAAGUGAAAUCAGCUAUAUAGGUCACAUCCUGAGUAAAGACGGACUAAAACCUGAUAAAGAAAAAGUGAAAGCUGUAGAGGACAUGCCAGAGCCACAGGACAAGUCAGCUCUACAGAGGUUCCUAGGCAUGGUGCAGUACAUGGCAAAGUUCAUCCCAAAUCUUUCAGAAGUGACAGCACCUCUCAGAAAACUGCUGGAAGGAGAAACACACUGGCAUUGGGAGAAGGAGCAACAAGAGAGCUUCAACUGCUUUAAAAUUCUAGUGAGUACAGCCCCAGUGUUAAAAUAUUAUGAUGUGAAACAGCCAGUUACCUUGUCAGUUGACGCCAGCUCAGAUGGUUUAGGAGCUGUGAUUCUCCAAGAGGGACAACCAGUCGCAUACGGCUCCAGAGCAUUAACUGACAGUGAGCGAAACUACGCACAAAUCGAGAAGGAGCUGUUAGCCAUUGUGGAGUCUGACCAUAAGCCACUUGAAAUAAUUUUCAAGAAGCCUCUACACAAAGCCCCAUCCAGACUACAGAAAAUGCUGAUGAGACUGCAAAAGUACAGCCUAAAGGUGAGAUAUGUUCCAGGAAAGCAGCUACACAUUGCGGAUGCACUGAGCAGAGCUUACCUUAAAGAGCAUUGCACACCGGACAACAGAGAAGAGGAUGACAUGGAUUUCCAGUUAGCAACAGAGAACGACGAAGAGUUGAGAAUGGUCAGAGAAGCGGUUCAGUCCGGGUGGCCAAACUCAAGAACUAAAGUACCAAAGCCUAUACAGCAGUACUGGACGUUUAGAGAGGAUCUGAGUCACGCUGAUGGAUUAUUGUUUAAGAAUGGAAAACUGGUAGUGCCAAACAAAAUGCGAGUGCCGGAAAGAGCUUGGGCAAAAGUCGGUAUGGAUUUGUUUCACUUCAGAGAUGCGGAGUAUCUUCUCUGUGUGGACUACUUUUCCAAGUAUCCAGAAAUCGCCAAGUUAAAUGACACAACAAGUUCCUUAUCAGGAUUAAUCCAGAGUCCAGCAAGUGCAGUGCCAAGGUUCAGAGAAGCCAGAAAACUGGACAGUCAGUACAUCGAAAGAGGUCAUACAUGA